AUGUCGGCCGGCUCCUGUCUCAUCACUGGAGGCACAGGCUACAUCGGCUCAUUCACCACUCUCGCCCUCCUCGAAGCUAACUACAACGUUGUCAUAGUAGACAACCUCUACAACUCCUCUCCUGAAGUCCUCAACCGCAUCGAACUCAUCUGCGGCCGAAAACCCGAAUACUACAACCUAGACAUCACCGACGAAAAAGCCCUCGACGAUGUCUUCCAAAAACACCCGGAAAUCGACAGCGUCAUUCACUUUGCCGCCCUCAAGGCGGUGGGAGAAUCCGGUGAAAUACCACUAGACUACUACCACGUCAAUGUGACAGGAACCCUAUCCCUCCUCCGCUCCGCCGCUCGCCACAACGUCACCAACAUCGUCUACUCCUCCUCCGCCACCGUCUACGGCGAUGCGACCCGCGUCCCAGGCAUGAUCCCAAUCCCUGAAGAAUGCCCACUGGGUCCGACCAACCCCUACGGCAACACAAAAUUCACCUCGGAGCUGAUGAUCACAGACCACAUCAACGCCGAGCGCGCCAAAGCCGAGAAAAAGGGCGACAGCGCCGCUGCCGCGAAAUGGAACGCCGGCCUGCUACGCUACUUCAACCCAGCAGGCUCGCACCCGAGCGGAAUCAUGGGCGAAGACCCAUCAGGAGUGCCCUACAACCUCCUCCCGCUCCUCGCGCAAGUCGCAACCGGCAAGCGCGAGACCCUCCUCGUCUUCGGUGACGACUACGCCUCUCAUGACGGCACCGCCAUCCGCGACUACAUCCACAUCCUGGACCUAGCCCAGGGCCACCUGAAGACCCUCGACUACCUGCGCACGCACAACCCCGGCGUUCGCGCCUGGAAUCUCGGGACAGGGCGUGGCUCAACGGUGUUUGAAAUGGUAAAAGCCUUCAGCAAAGCCGUCGGCCGCGAUCUGCCCUACAAAGUCGUCGGGCGCAGAGCAGGCGAUGUGUUGGAUCUGACGAGUAACCCGUCGCGUGCGAAGCGCGAGUUUGGCUGGGAGACGAAAUUGACGCUCGAGGAUGCGUGCAAGGAUCUGUGGCGCUGGACCGAGAACAACCCCGAGGGCUAUCGCCAGCAGCCGCCGCAGAAGUUUUUGGAUGCGUUGAAGAAGAAUAAUUGA